AUUUCACACAGGAAACCCGAGAUCGUGGGUAGGACUGCAUGCUGCACGUGAAGCGGCUUUCCCCUAUGCCCUUGCAGGCAAGCAGAGGGAUCGGCCAAGAAUGUACUUGUGUUCUGCUUCGUGUACCUUUGGUGUGUUUGAAGAUUGUGUCUCCUACGUGCCUACUGAAGACAGAAGAGAUUUCUGUCAGUCGUGAGAGGAGGCAUCAUAAUUUUUCAUCCAUGCAUCUAUAAAGAUUGAACACAGCCGCUCACAAACAUGCCAUCAACCCAGCUUAAUUGUGGUACCAGCCAGAGGCUGCAUUCUCUCUGCAGUCUGCUUCUGGCCAAGAAGAGAAGCUGGGAGGUCCCUGGUGGGUGGAAAGCAUAUUCCCAAGCCUGGAAGCCUGAUCCCAAUAAGCAGGCAGGUAAAUUGGCUCAUUUGAAAAACCGGGCAGAGAAACAGAAGCGGCAACGGGAGAGGAUGGAGUCCAUUGAAGUCAGGCUGGCAACAGACCCGAAGAAAAAGCUUCCAAGACAAACCAGGGCCUUGGCUUUAAAAAGUGAAGUUCUGUAUGACAUCCCCACUGUAGCUGGAGAAAAAAAAGAUACCUCAGGACCACUGCCUGCCUCCUAUAGCCCACGCUACACUGAAGCUGCCUGGUAUGCUUGGUGGGUGAAGGAGGGAUUUUUAAAGCCAGAAUACCAGCAUCAGUUGCCCCACCAGAAACCCAAAGUGUUCUCUCUCUGCAUUCCCCCACCGAACGUCACAGGGUCCCUGCACUUGGGUCAUGCUUUGACUGUAGCUAUUGAAGACGCUCUGGUGCGGUGGAAGAGGAUGGAAGGCUGUAAAGUGCUGUGGGUUCCAGGUUCAGAUCAUGCUGGGAUUGCCACUCAGGCUGUGGUAGAAAGAAAAAUCUGGAAAGAACGGGAGGCUCUUCGCCAAGACCUGACACGAAAGGGGUUUCUGCAGGAAGUUUGGAACUGGAAAGAAGAGAAAGGGAAUGAAAUACUCCAGCAGCUGAAGGUGAUGGGAACAUCGUUAGACUGGGACCGGUCCUGUUUCACCAUGGAUUCUAACUUCUCCCAAGCUGUGACUGAGGCCUUUGUGCGUCUGCACGAAGAGGGCUUGAUAUAUCGCGACAGGCAGAUGGUCAACUGGUCAUGCGCUUUGCGGUCUGCCAUUUCUGACAUUGAGGUGGAGAACAGGCAACUUGAGGGACGGACAGAGCUUUCUGUUCCAGGGGUUUCGGGCAAAGUGCCAUUUGGAGUCUUGGUGACAUUUGCUUACAAAUUAGAAGGAGAGGAAGGCGGGGAACUUCCUGUGGCUACAACUCGCCCAGAGACCAUGUUGGGAGACGUGGCUGUUGCUGUUCACCCUGGUGAUCUCCGGUAUACGCACCUGCAUGGCAAGAGAGUAUGCCACCCAUUCACCGGACAGCUUCUUCCUAUUAUUACUGAUUCCUCAGUGGAGCAGGACAUGGGCACAGGAGCUGUGAAGAUAACACCAGCACACAGCCAUAUUGACUAUGAACUGGGUCGGAGGCAUGGCCUUCCUGUUGUUUCUGUCAUCGCAGAGGAUGGAACUAUGACAGCUGAGUGCGGGGAGUGGCUUCAGGGGCAGAACAGGUUCCUGGCUAGAGAGAAGGUGCUGGCUGCUUUGAAAGAGAAAGACCUGUAUCGGGGUGUGAAGGAACAUCCCAUGGUGCUCCCUGUUUGCAGCCGCUCUGGAGAUGUGAUUGAAAACCUCCUGAAGAGCCAGUGGUUUGUCCAAUGUGAAAAGAUGGCUCGUAGAGCGUUGGAGGCUGUGGAAUCUGGACAUUUGAAACUAAUUCCUGAAUUUCAUGAGAAGAAUUGGAGGACUUGGCUUUCAAAAGUCAGUGACUGGUGUAUUUCCCGCCAGCUGUGGUGGGGCCAUCAAAUCCCAGCCUAUCGAGUCACCGUUUCACAGUCGCUUGAUACAGGGAAGGAGGAUAGUGACGGAUUAUGGGUAGUGGGCAGGACAAAAGCAGAAGCUCGGAAAAAAGCAGCAGGCAUGCUGGGAAAAUCAGAAGAGGAUCUGAAGCUUGUCAGAGAUGAGGAUGUCUUGGACACUUGGUUCUCAUCUGCUCUCUUCCCUUUUGCCUCGUUGGGAUGGCCUCACCAGACUGGAGACUUCCAGGAAUUCUAUCCCAACAGCCUCUUAGAGACAGGAAGUGACCUUCUGUUCUUCUGGGUGGCCCGAAUGGUGAUGCUGGGAGAACAGCUAACUGGAAAACUACCUUUCUCUCAGGUGUUCCUUCACCCAAUGGUCCGUGAUGCUCAUGGUAGGAAGAUGAGUAAAUCUCUAGGGAAUGUGAUUGACCCCCUGGAUGUUAUUCAUGGAGCCUCUUUGCAGGCCCUGCAAGAGAAGCUCCAGAACAGCAACUUGGACCCAAAGGAGGUGGCUAUUGCUAUGGAAGGCCAGCAGCAAGAUUUUCCUCAAGGAAUCCCUGAGUGUGGCACUGAUGCUCUAAGGUUUGCCCUCUGCUCUUAUUCCUCACAAGGUGACGGCAUUAACUUGGAUGUGGCUGCAGUGGAGAACGCCAGUCGUUUCUGCAACAAGGUCUGGAAUGCUCUGAGAUUCACUUUGGCAGCCCUUGAAGAAGAGUUCACCCCACUGGCACCAGAGGAGCUCUUCCCCAGUUCUCCCAUGGACCGAUGGAUCCUUAGCCGUCUCUAUCACACAGUGCAAGACUGCACCGAGCGGUUUGAAAAGUUUGAGCUGCAUUUCGUCACCACUGCUCUCCAUCAUUUCUGGCUGCACGAUUUCUGCAACGUCUACAUGGAGUCCAUCAAACCCAUAUUGUAUGGUCAAGAUCAGGCUUGUCUCCUCUCCAUCCGCCAGACCUUGUACACCUGUGCAGACUUGGCCUUGCGCCUCCUGUCUCCUUUCAUGCCCUUCCUGACAGAGGAAUUGUGGCAGCGACUUUCCAAAGUGGACUCAGCUUCUGCUCCCAGCAUUUGUGUGGCAAGAUACCCCAACAUUGAGCAGCUGGCUCACUGGAGUCACCCUGAGGAAGAGGCAGACUUCCUGUUAGUACAGGAAGUUGUCAAAGCAGUGCGCAAUCUGAGGACAAGAUACCACCUUACCAAAGCUCGGCCAACAGUAUAUGUGGUCUGCCCAGAUCUGGCUGCAAGUAACGUGUAUGAGAAGUACCAGGAGCCAUUGCAAACUCUGUCUUUUGCAAGUUCUCUGAGAUUCUUCCUUGAUCCUAAGACAGCAGAACCACCUGUGGGCUGCGUAACCACAAAGGCAAAUAACCAUACUGACAUCUAUGUAGAUAUUCAGGGACUGGUUGACCCCCAAAAGGAGCUGCUUCUACUGAGAUCUCAGCAACAGAAACUGGAGCAGCAGCUGGCAAGCCUCACCCUGAGGGUAGAAGGGGCCAGAUAUCAGGAGCAGGUCUCCCUGAAAGCCAAAUCACGUCUCCAGCAAAAGAUUUCCUUUGUACAUUCAGAGCUGGAGCAGAUAAAACAGGUCACAGAAACCUUUCAAAAGAUGGCUGCAAGAUGAGGAUCAUCGGCUGAUGGAACUGAGUAACAGGACCAGGCAGCAUUUUUAUUACAGGACCCAGGAAGCUGAGAGCUGACAAAGAUGUUCAGAAGGUUCAUGAGGUUAUGAGAUGCCAUUUUUAAAAUUUCACUUUUCUGAUGGAGCUUGCUGGUGGGGCCUGCACUGACUUGAUUUGGUCGGUAAGGGUCAACACCUGACCUAAAAGCAGCAAUGUAUGAGAUGAGAAGUCAUAGAACUCCUCCUGGGGAAGGAUUGUUUCUCUUUAGUAAAACUGAACACCAGUCUUUGCUGCUGCAGGAAUUGUGGCCUGUGCCAGGUGCAAAAUACCCUCAUCUGGCCUCUAGGAGUCACUGUUGUGUCACAGAAGAGCCACAUGUUUUUGGUUCUGCUCUUUGGAUGUCACAUUCAGAAUGUUCUCCAUACCAUGUGCCCUAACCAUCCCCUGGGAGAACAUAACAUAAAGUCUUAGCCCUCUGCAGAUAUGGUCAUUGCUACCUGCAGAAUUCCCAUAAUCCACAGGGGCUGGCAAUAGGCUGCUGUGAUUGCAGGAGAAAUGACAACAUUUCUGUGACAACAUCCUGUUCAUGUACUCAGUUCUUGUGGGUCUACUUUGGUCUACUACGAUAGAUGGUUUUGAACAUCUGAACCAACCUUAGAAUGAUUUAUUGCCCUGUUGGUGGUUUGUUUGUUUUUUUAAGAAAGAAAAAAGCCCUUGUGGCCUAAAUUUGUUUUCUUUUAAACAGUCUUUGAAUUAGCUGAUUUUUCUCCCAUUUGGGAAUGAUGGAGAGGACUGAAUUCAUCUCUGCUGGCAUCAUUAACUGUGCAAUGCAAGAAAUCCUCUCUUUUAGACUUCCUCUGUAAAAUAACAUCUGAAAUGUCCAUCUGCUAUUAAAGGCUGGGUGAACAAACUUA